UAGUGCCCAUUACUCUGUAUAAUUGCAAGAUUGACCUUUCUCUCUCUCUCUCCCUCUCUUUCUCUGCAACAAUCUAAUUUCCACAAGAUUCCAAACAAAGAGAAUUGUUAGAAAGAGAGAUUUGCAAAAUUUAUUCAAUCCUUCCUCUUGUCCUCUCCUAUCAUCAAGACACAUACUCUCUCUAUCUCUCUCCUUAGCUCCAUGGCUACUCCGGUCUCCGACCAUUCUUCGAGUUCUCGAUCUCUGGUUCCCAUCUAAUUAAGAAACCUAAAUAUUCUUCUCUCCUCCGUCUCUCCUCAUGUUGAGAUCAUCAAUAACGUUUCGUCUCGCUCCUCUUCGGCUUUCUUUGGCCUUUCUGGUCACCGGAUUCUGCCAUGGUUCCUGCUGCUGAAUCAUCCUCCUCAACGCUUCAUCUUCCAUGUGGGUUUUCCAAUAGUUUUGCUUAUAUGAGGUUAUUACAAAAAGCUCAUAAUUUCUCUGCCGUCUCUGUGGAAGACGACGACAACAACAAAGACGACAUUCGCUUAGGAUCUGACCAUCAAGUAAAAGAUAAUCAUCACCACGUUUUUAGGAGAGAUUGUAGUUCCAUGGCCGACCAAGAAGAGCCGAGGAGUACUACUUCUAGGUUAAGCUCCAAGGACGAAGACAACGACAACAACAACAGCAGUAGCAAUAAUAAUAAGAACAAUGACGCCCAAGAUCACGAGAUGAGACAAGAAGGGUGGCUCCGGUUAAGCCUAGGCCAAGAGGAGGAUAUUAAACCGGAUCUCGACCAUCAUCGGCAACAACAUCAAACCGAUCCACCGGCUAGGAGAGACUCUUUUCUAGAGCUCAACCUUUUCUCCGGCGGUUCAAGCAGAGAAGAAGAACCUGGUCUUCCGUUAUCAUCACUCUUUCAUCAUCAGCAUCAACCCGGUGGGAUGAUGAUUAAUCCAUUGAUGUUCCCUACCAGGCCUGACCAGGAGAUGAUUGGUUCUUGGGCGGCUGCUGCUGCUGCCGCGGCUGCGUUUAGAACGCCUUUUGUCACUCAAAACCUAGUCCAAUCAUCAUCAUCUGCUUCUUUGAUGAUGCCAUUUAUGGGACCAUACUUUGGUCGCUCCAACUUUCAGCAGCAGCAGUUAUUAGGGAAUAAUAAUAAUAAUAAUAAUAGUCCGGAUGUGGUGGCUGGUCCAAGCUCGAGUUUUCGAGUCAUUGAUCCUCCCAGACGACCCCAUUCCGGCAUUUGGUUUCUCCUUCAAGCUUCUCAAAACCAGACAAGAGAACCAUUUUUGCCUCAGAUACCCAAGAGCUACUUGAGAAUCAAGGACGGGAAGAUGACUGUUCGACUAUUGAUGAAAUAUUUGGUGAAUAAGUUGCGAUUGGAGCACGAAUCCCAGGUUUUUAUUUUAUCUCAUCACAUCUCCUUUUAA